AUGACGCGUCGCCGCUCUUUGUGCCUAUUGGUAGCAGCGCUGUCGGUCGUGGCCGCGGCAUCGCGCGACCACAUCGCACGUCGGAACGAGCAGCUCAGCGAACAAGAAGGAGAACCAGAGGUCGAACAGGAGACGGAGAAGACAUUGGCGCCGUCGUUGAAGCCGACUGAGUGGGCCAACAGCAGUAGCGGCAGUUUGGGUGACGUGAACGUCACAGCAAACGAGUCGGUCGGCCGCAAUGGGUCGCAAAGCGAAGACCCGAAAGGAUCGAAGCACAAUAGUUUGACCGGUAGUAAGGAGGAGGAGGAGGAAGAGGAAGAGGAGGAGGAAGAGGAGGAGGAAGAGGAGGAAGAGGAGGAGGAGAGUGAGGAAGACGAGUCGGCGUCUCAUGGGGCGUCUGCAUCGGGUUCUCACGCGACAGCUGGAGCCGCUUCUAGCUCGAAAUCCGGUUCAGGGUCCAACUCGACGUCGCGUUCGACAUCGGGGUCAGGGUCCGGUUCAGCGCCGUGUUCGACAUCUGGGUCAGGGUCUCAUUUGGUAGCUCCGUCGGCAUCCAAGUCAGGUUCUCGGUCGGCGGCUCAGUCGGCAUCUGGGUCAGGUUCUCACUCGGCGGCCCGGUCGGGAUCUGAUUCGGGGUCCGGUUCAGCGCCAUGCUCGACAUCUGGGUCAGGGUCUCAUUUGGUAGCUCCGUCGGCAUCCAAGUCAGGUUCUCGGUCGGCGGCUCGGUCGGCAUCUGGAUCAGGCUCUCACUCGGCGGCUCGGUCGGGAUCUGGUUCGGGGUCCGGUUCAGCGCCGUGUUCGGCAUCUGGGUCAGGGUCUCAUUCGGUAGCUCCGUCGGCAUCCAAGUCAGGCUCUCACUCGGCGGCUCAGUCGGCAUCUGGAUCAGGCUCUCACUCGGUGGCUCGGUCGGGAUCUGGUUCGGGGUCCGGUUCAGUGCCGUGUUCGACGUCUGGAUCGGGAUCUGAGUCAUCUUUGGAUGCAGGGUCUUUCUCAGCGUCUGCUUCGGCAUCUGGGGCGUCCGACUUGGUGUCUCUUUCGACAUCAAAGUCGUAUUCUGACGAAGAGGAGGAAGAUGAUGCGGAGCAGACGCAGGAACACAAGACGAACAGUACAAAUGGGAACCUGACUGGCAUUGCUGCACCGUCUGCACAUGGGUCAAAUGACGGCGAAAAAGUCGUUGUUGUGAACGGGUCAGGUUCUGAAUCGUUUGAGAACUCGACAGAAGCUGGUGUCAAAAAGAACGAGUCGACGUCGGGCUCUGUUGGUGUUCCUGUGGAUGCUGCAAGUAGCAAGAAAGAGGAAGAAGAAGAAGAGGAGGAGGAAGAGGAAGAAGAGGAAGUGGAGGAGGGGACCGGUGGUUCCUCCGGUGGGGACCAUGCAAAUGAACACGAAGGUAAAGGAAGCGAGGGUUUGGACGAGGGCGAUGAGAGUGGGGGGUCGGAUCGAAAGCAGGACAAGGGGAACGUGACUGCGCUCAUCGAGGCGGCGGUUAAUGUCACACAGGACACUUACGAGCAUGUGAAAAACGCUACAACAGACGUGUACAACACUACGAAGGGCAUUUUGGAGGGCACGCACUCGUCGUCUGAUUCUGGCUUGAAUGCUGAGUCGGGAGACGCGGACGAAGCAAAUGAAGGUGACGAGCCGCACGCGUCGGACUCUGAUGAGGAUGCGGAUGAGAAGGAAGGUGGGAAGGAUAGGAGCGGUGCAGGUGAUGCACACGAAGGUGCAAAGAACGAAACGAUAGACGUGCACGAACAAGUCCAAAAUGUUACAAGCAACGUCAUGAACGCCACAGCUGACGCUAUCAGCAGCGUCAAGAAUGCAACACAGGACGCGAUCGAAGACGCGAUGAGCGCCGCCGAUGGCAACACGUCGAGCUCUUGCUCGGGAUCGCUGGACAGUGACUCGAUGAGCGGCGCCGAUGGCAACACAUCAAGUUCUUACCCGGGAUCGCUGGACAAUGACUCGAUGAGCGGCGCCGAUGGCAACACAUCAAGCUCUUGCUCGGGCUCGCUGGAUGAUGACGCGACGAGCGUAAAGCAAGAGCAGUUGAGCGACGAGAGCGUCGCUCUUGCCAGCGAUCCUGCGAGCCAGGCCAAUGCCGAGACGUCUACCUACUUCACCGAGAUUGGCGCAGGCGUCGGCGUGUUUGUGGGUAUCAUUGCCAUGGCGUUCGCGUUCGUAGCUCGCUCUACUCGGAACCGCGACACAGUCAGUGCAGCAAGCGAAGAUGAGGCUUCUGUGGCCAUGGCGUCCGAAACAAGUGCUGACGAAGAUGCGUCAGAGGACGAAGAUGCGCGUACGGAGGAAGGUGUGCUCGUGAAGGCGGAUGGGACAGAAGAGGACGAUGGCGAGGAGGAAGGCAAGUUUGAAGGAUCCGUGUGA